AUGAAUCGAAAUAGACCUGAAGAGAACGAAUUAUUCAUCCUAAACGAUAAUUUUCUCAUAUUUAUGUGAGAAAAAAACAAUCAUUUUAUUUUUUUCUACAAGCUUGUGAUCUUUUCAGGGCAAUGUUGAAGUGGGUUUCUAUGGGCAUCGCUUUUUACUAUUUCUGCGCUAUGUCGGCGGCGAUUCCUGCCAAGGAAAAAGUGGUCGUUUCGCACGACAGCUUCUUGGAAUGCGAAAUGUGCAAGAUGGCGGUGCAGGUCGUGGUUCCCAUGCUCGGAGGCGACGUUGAGGACAUCAAGAGCGUCAGUUUCUUUUUUUCCAUAAAGAAAUUUCAAGCAAUGUCAAUCAAAACGAAGCCUUAUCAUUUUAUUCGGUAGACUGUUAGCCAUUUUACUCGUGUAUACAUUGGUAUAUACUUCAGAGAAGAUUCAUUGCUGAAUCUUAGAACAAUUAUAUAAUUUUUUUGUCGGUUUGCAAAACUGUUUUUUUGAUUGAGAACAUCGCGUAGACCAUCUCUUCCUUCUUGAGUUAAUAGAAGACGAGUUUUUGAGCGGUCCGAGCGAUCACCUCCUUUUCGAUGGUAUACUGGUAACUCACCAUAAUUAAACGCGUUUCACGAAAAACCGAACGGCUCAAAAUAAUUUUGGACAUCGUGUUUUUCUCAAAUAUUCACAAAAAAAAACAAAGUUUUAAUUUGCGAUACAUCCAAUUAAAAUUUUCAAAAAAGCAUCAAGAGUUUGAGUUUUCGAUUUCGAAAAAAAUGUUCCAAAUUCCGUUGUAAAUCUUGUUAUAGUAAGAGUUUUACGUUUCUUGAAUUUUUAUUUUUGAAAAGUGACGUCUCGAAACCUCAGCCAAAAGUAUCGAAAAACAAGCUAAUUUUGCAGUUACUUCAAUUGAAAAAGAUAUGAAAACUCAGGAAAAGAUAUAUCAUUAAAUCGGGCUUCCUUAAAACUUUUUAAAAGAAUAAACUAUACAAUAGUAAAGUUCGAAAAUUUUAUUUUACUGGAUUAAUCAGGAAUAUUUUUUCAUGUUAGCUGUAAAUAGUUUAUUUUUUCAAAAAGUUCAAAUUUUCAGGCUGUUGAUGCUGAAUGCAAGAAGGAAUUCAAGUCUGUUCCCUUUGGUACCCAGGAAUGCAAGAAGUUUAUCGACGAAAAGCUGGACCCCAUCAUCCACGAACUCGAGAACGGAACGGCUCCCAAGGACGUCUGUACGAAACUUUCCAUGUGCUAA